CAGCAGAUCACGCCGAGUGUUAAAAAUGUUAGUUUGACAGCCGCCUGUGCCCCGCUUACACCUUUAAUAAACACAUUAAGGAUUUUAAAAGGUCCGGUGUUUAUGUUACAGCAGUUUAGCGGCCGGCGGGUGUUCGUGUGUUCGUGUGUUUGUGUUUAUGCGAUCUGAUACCCGGAUGUUGAUCGGCGCGGCGUCAGUGCGCAGCUGCAGGCCGGAUUGACCGAGGAAAAGGAAGGGAGCAGCAGUUCAUGGAAGACAGUCACUUUAAGACAGGAGACAGCAGUCAUCAGGAGGACACUGAAGACAGCACUAAAGAGUUGGGCUCAUCUCCAUCUGCCACAUCCAUUGACACCCUUACCUGUGCUUCAUUUCGACUGGGUCCCGCUGAAACAACCUCCCCCUGUCCUGUUGUCGGGGGUUUGCCGGACCCCCCUGAGGGAGGGAACAAUGCAAAGUGGACCGCUGUGGCCAACGGACAGCCCCCCUCCGCGGUGUCCCAGCGCUACAUGCCCCGUGAGGUGCCCCCGCGCUUCCGCAACCAACAGGAACCAAAAGUGCUACUGAAAAGGGGCCAGCCACCACUGUCCUGCAUGCUGCUGGGGGGUGGAAACGGAGGGGACCCUGCACCCCAACUUCCCCUGCAGGAGCAAGCUGAUGCCUCAGAUCCAACAGUAGAUUCUGUUUCUCUGCACUUAUCGUCAGACACCUCUGCCACUCCCACUUAUGCAAAUUACACAUGGGGGUUGAGCUCAGGACGUCAACCCUCCACUCAGGGAAUGGACAAAGACAAUUCUGAUGUAGAGAAAUGGCCAAGACCGGAAGACUCAUGGAGUAGUGAUCAGACCCCACAUUCUGCUAGGUCAGGGAUGGAUGAGUCUGAUGGCCUAAGAGCAGACAGUUCUUCUCAAAUCUCUGAAUAUGCAGAAGCCAGUGCGGUAGGAGGUGCAUCUUCACAGUCUGAGAAUAAGGAAUCCACAAAAGGAGUCAAUCAGCACUUCAAUUCCAAGGUGUCUGUGGUUUCUGGAGACCAGGAGGACACUCAAAGUCUAAAACCAAAUUCCAACCCUGAAGACCCUGAUGAAGCAAACCACACUGCUUCUAAAGAAACUUCUCCCAAACCCUUGAGUCCAGCCAUUGCAGUGUACCAGACACUCUGCAAGAACGAGGAGCGCAUUACAGGGGAUUGGGCUGAGCUUCAGGCUGGACCAAAUCGUGAUGGAGAUGGUGGAGGCUCCAGUGUGGAAUUACGGGAUACAGGAAAAGAUGCUGUUGAGAAGAGAAUUGAUGCAGUAGGUGGAAGUUCAAGAGAAGGCACUGGCAUCUCUCAGGGAGUGUGGGAUGGAGACACGGUAGGUUCAAACAAACAGGCAGCUACAGGGUGGACCUCAGACUUAGCAGUUGGAGCAUCAAAAGAGGAUGUGAGAGGGAUCUCUGAGGUGAACACAGAUAGUUUACAGAACUCUUCAUUGUUUGCAAAUAGCGUGGCAUCAGGAGAUGACAAUCAGAAAGCAGCUGAUGAUUGGGAUGAGUCUGAGGAAGAAUCUACUGGUAGAGAAAGCAACGAGGAUGGGAUGCACGCCCCAAAUCUGGUCCAAAGCCCCUCCAGAAGUGAGGCCCUCCCCCCAGAAGAAGCCUUACAGAGCAUGAUCAAUCACACUAACCUGGAUCCUAAAGUGCUGUGCAACACAGGAUGGGGAAAGACUCAGAUCAAGCAGAAUGUUGCCUGGGAUUUUGAGGGCAACAGUGGGAAUGUUGGCUGGGAUGUAGAAGUGCACACCGACCGCAGUAAGGAGGGCUGGCGGGAUGCUGGUGAUCUUUCCAGCUCUAAAAUGCAGAAGCAGGAGGUUGGCCAGGUUGGUAGAGCUCAAGGGUGGUCCAGCCAUGGAGACACAAGCAUUGGAGUUGGUGGCAAAGGGAGUGGCUGGGGAGAAGAUCAGGAGGUUGAAGAAACUUGCAAGAGAGAAGGGACGGGGUGGAACCAGGGUGGUGGAAGUGAGUGGACUCCGUUACCUGAGAGUGGAGGCUGGAAUGAAGAGAGAGACAGCGAGCGCAAGAAUCCGGAUGAAGGAUUAUGGGGUAGCUUGGAAGAGUCGGGACAGCGGAGUGGUGGCUGGGGUGGCAACAGUGUCAAACCGAACCAGGGAUGGGGCGAGAAGCUUCUUCCAUCACAGAUACCAAACAAACAAGCAGCACUUAAAACCCAAAAUCAAAAACCGCAGCAGCAAUCGCAAACUCAGCAGCAAAUGCCGGGAUAUCCAAAGGCCUUGCAGGAACGGGGUCGUCCAGGAGACACAGAUGACCAGAGUAAAGGGUCUGGCUGGACCUGUGGGCCUAUGCCUCAGGUGCCUUCAGUUGUAGAGCCUAGUGGAUGGGAGGAACCCUCGCCACAGUCCAUCAGCCGGAGAAUGGAAAUUGACGAUGGCACAUCUGCAUGGGGCGAUCCGUCGCGUUACAACAGCAGGGCCGUCAAUCUGUGGGAUAAGAACAGCCCACAAGACCAACAGCAGAUGUCUGGAAGACAGGCUGGAGCUCUAUCUAAAAACUCUGUGCCUGCGACAUGGGCACGCAGCAGUGGUCCCUCUGAUCCUUCCGUGGAGAGCAGUACAUCUACUUGGGGGAAGUCGUUUGAUGGCUGGGGUGAUUCCAAUGAACCAGGGAAAGGAGGAGGAUGGGGAAACUCACAUUCCCAUUCUGCUAAAUCUGGAUCAAAGUCUAUGCAAGAGGGGUGGGCUGACGAUGGUUCGAAUGUAUCUCGACACGCCAGCUGGGAGGAAGAGGACAGUGGCACUGGUGUUUGGGGUGGUCGGGGAUCUCAAAGCAUGACAUACAACUCCGGGGGCUGGGGGCAAGGCCAGGGAGCUAGGAGACUCAACGCUAAGAGCCCUCUUAAAGGUAAUAGUGGGGAAUCGUGGGCAUCUCCUGUGAAUCGGCAGUUCUCAAACAUGAGCGUUACGGAUGAAGACUCCAGUAUGGGCCAUGAUGGUAGGCACGACAGGAGAGGAAUGAAUGAUGGUGAGAUGCGGAGAGGUGGCAGGACUGGGGGAGCUUUCCGCUCACAGCCUUCCAAAGAGAUGCCAUGCGGGGAUACCGGACCUUACCUGGACAAGGUUGGAGGUCAUGGAAUGUUUGGCGGUGGUGGGAUUCCUCCACUGAGAGGGAUGCAUCAGGCUGGCGUGCACCCCUUAAACCCUUCCCCUGGGAUACGAGCACAAGUGCCUCACCAGUUCCUGCCUCCUCAGGUUCCUGGGCCGAUGCUAAAGCCAAUGGCGCCCCCUAGUGGAGGCAUGUUCCCUCCACAGCUUUCCCCCCAACACAUCGCCAUGCUCGGUGGCAUUCAUCCACACAUGCAACAGUUCCAGCUAGCCUGUCAGCUUCUAUUGCAACAACAGCAGCAGCAGCAGUUCCUGAAUCAGAGGAAGUUUCCUCCUCCUGUAAGACAACAGCAUGACCCACAGCAGUUGGCGCGGAUCAUGGCAAUCCUGCAGCAGCAGCAGGGUGUUGGGGGGCCUAAACUCUCACCUCCACCCAUGGGAGGACAAGUUCCCAAACACCCGGACACUCAUCUCCAUCCGCUGGGCAUGAAUGCCCACAAACAGCCUGAUGGACCAGUGCAUGCAGCCAUGGGAGGAUCUGAGCUGCACAGCAAAGCUGCUUUCACAGGGCCGGUGAAGCAGGCUGGCGGCUCCUCUUUCUCUCAGUAUGAUGUGCUGGGCGGCAGCUGGCACAGAAGUGCAGGUGGGAAGGUCGAUGCGUCUCCUGCCAACUCCACCUGGCCUCCGGAGUUUCAGCCGGGUGUCCCGUGGAAGGGCGUCCAGAGCCCUGAGCCCGAGCCUGACCCCUACAUGAGCCCUGCGGGAAUGCUGGGAUCCUCUGUGCUCAGUGAUACCGAACAUCAUCUGCUGCAGGACAACACAGGGUCGAACUCUCUGAACACCUGUAUGCCUUCACCUGGUGCCUGGCCGUACAGUGCCUCAGAAACGCCCCUCACUGCACACGGCACCGCUAAAUACUCCGAGCUGAAGUCCAGUUGGCCGCCGGAGCCCAUUGGACACGGCAAAUCAUGGCGGACCAAUCGGAACACUUCUCACCUGCCCCGCCCCCCUCCGGGUCUGUCCAGUCAGAAGCAGCCAUGGUCGGGGGAGGGGCCUUGGAUGCCCAGGACAUGGGGGGGUGGAGCCAGCGGCCCAGAGUCGCCCUUUAAAACAGAGUGGAGCGAUGGAGGAGCUUCCGCGGGGAAGUCAUGGCUGUUACUGCGAAACCUCACACCACAGAUCGACGGCUCGACCCUGAAAACGAUCUGCCUGCAGCACGGCCCUCUGCUGACCUUUCACCUCGGCCUGACGCAGGGCAGCGCUCUGAUCCGCUACUGCAGCCCUCACGAAGCCGCCAAAGCCCAGAGCGCCCUACACAUGUGUGUUCUGGGAAACACCACCAUCCUGGCCGAGUUCAUGAGUGAGGAGGACGUCGUCCGUUACUUUACACAUUCCCAAGCGGCAGGUUUCGCGGGGUCGCCUGAGGGCUCGCCCGGCUCUGACCCCGUCCAGCGAGAGGGCGAGCGGCCCGUGGGCCCCGGGGCGGAUGGAGACACAGCGGUGGGCUGGCAGGGGCUGGACGUGACGCCUGGCUCCGCCGUGGAAGCGCCGGGGCUCGCCCUGUUCAGCCAGUGGAGCAACAGCGGGGGGGGCGGGAAAGGGGUCUGGGGAGGGGGCGUGGCUCUCGGUUACCAUGGCAGCCUAUGGAGCGCACCUCAGUUGGAGGACAGCACAGCCGGGUUGUUGCCAGGCAACCUGCUCGGAGGCGGGACAGACAGUCUGUGAUUGACAGCAGUCAGUUAUUAAGAUUCUGGUACGUGGAGUUUAAAGUGUGUCAAGCUGCAAAAAUAAUGAUUGUUUCCAAACACGUGGGAACCCAUGCAUUGUUACAGUUUUUUUUGGAGAACAUGUACUUUUUUUUUUUAACCCCAAACUUAGCGAGGAAAAAAAGUUAAUCACGUUUCCAGCUAGUUCUCGUAACAUAUUUGGAUGUUUUACUGGAGCUUUUUUUUUUAUUCUUGAAUUGAUUGAUUUUUUUUUUUUUUUUUAGUAAUCGUAAGAAAAAAUAAUUGGUUUGGCACGAAAAUAUCACAAUGCAAAUAGCUAUGUGAAACUCACGUGUAAUACAUGCAAGGUGAAUAUUUGUUGGAGUAAAGUAAGUUACCACAAAAAAACCCCAUAAUGCAUACCCUCUGUAUGUUUUCAUUAUUUUUGCAGUUGUUUCUGGUGACACGCUGCAGCUUUAACGCACUUUGAACAAACACUCACAUUCAGAGAGCUACAUUUACACACACACACACACACACACACACACACUGGACUUGUUGACAGGCUUUUGUAUCUAUCCAGUGAGAUAUUAACACACACACACACACACACACACAGGUGCAGUGUGAGCGUCGUAGUGAUGUGCUUACAGACUUUCUCAUCAUUGCCAGAGUUAAGCUAUCAUGUAUUUGAAUGCAGGGACUGUUCCUUAAGGCCUUCUUACACACACACGCACGCACGCACGCACGCACUGCUCAACUUGAAUGACUGAUUUCAAUUUGAUGUUAUGCUGGCACACGCAGACACCGUUUGAUGCUUCGACAGCAAAUUUAAUUGAUUUUUAUUAGAGAGCGAGAGCGUUUGAAGCCGGUAGAUGCGUUAAACCCACCAAAAAAAACACAUCUAAGUUCCAUUUCACUCCAGCGUUGAAAUCACGAUCGACGACUAGGCACAUUUACACACAUUGCAACGCGGAGCGCUUUCAGUUACUCAUUACCGUAACAGUACAGUACCGUAAUAUUUACUACAUUACCGCAACGCAGCUCGUUUUUAUUUUAAUAAACGAGUAUCAUAAACACUCACAGUAAUGAGCAUUUAGAGAGAAAAACCGUUUAGGAAGGUCCUAAAAAAACUAGCUAUCUUUGUCGCUACUUUGGGAUUCUGGAGUGAAAUUGCUUCCCUGUGUUUUGGAGGUUCACGCGGACGGCGAUUCGUCUUUUCCGCUCCGUUCCUGUGGAUUUGUGUAUCUUAAGCGCAUCCGAUCUCUCGUUCAGACCUUCCACUGUUCCCUUCUCGAUCUGUUCGUCGGGUUUGCCGUUACGUUUAUACGAUUCGUACGUGGUUUCUUUUUUGCCGAGGCGCACGCAGGUUAUCUCCAGAGACUCGGGAGUGGCGGGACGGACGCGUGUAUGUGUGCACUUUACUGUUUUUGGUCUGUGUUCGUGAGUUGGUGUGCGGCUGUACAUUGUUAAUCGUGCACUAUACACUGCUGGUUGUGUUUUACAAACGUUGGCAUUAGCGGGUUUCUGCGACUUUUGGCGUUCCUCUCGUGUUUUUUAAGCGUACUCAUGUAGCCUUUUGUAUCGGCUGAACUGCAAUAAUGAUUCUACAAGCAUUUUUAAGACACGAACGUGUGACGGCGUUUCUGCCAAACUUAUCCGCCUGUCCAGAGUUUACAAACAGCUGAAAGACGUAUGUGUUUUUAUGUGUCUGUACUGUUGUUUUUGUUUUAAAUUAAGACUUUUAACACUCCUUUCAGUGUUUCGUUUUUUUGGAGAUUUUACAGAGAGAGGAAAAAGAAGAAAAAAAAAAAAAAAAAGAAGUGAAGAGUUUAUUUAAAUAAAAGUGACAUGCAGCUGUUAUAAACACUGAAGUAUCUGAUCUUUUGUUGUUGCUUUUCUUGUGAACCAUAAACAGAUUUUAUGCUUAGCUGUAAA